AUGUCCGUAUUUGCAAAUUGUAAAAGGAAAGGCCAGUCUGAACAGAUGAUCCCGAGAUACAAGAAAGUGCCCAUCACAACCCCAGCGCAGCAAAUGGCCACCGUGUCGAUCACGAGCGAUCUGGAGCCAUACUUGGCUUCGCUCCGCUCGUACCUAGCUAAAAAUAACAUUGCAACCCCUCGACCGGUGGACGAGGAGGGGGCUGAUGAGAUGACGACCGACUCCACCGAUUCUUCAACGGCGGAGGAUUCGCGGCGGGAGUCGAAGCGUUUCAAAAAGGUCAAGGAGGAUGCUCGUGCCGACCGCAGACUUCCUAUGCUACAAAAAUGUGCAACCCGGUUGGAUAAGGACUGA